AUGCCCGCGCGGAUUUCUUGGGUCGGCGCUGGCCCUCCCCCCCUGGCUGGUCCUGCGGCGCCACCCCCGGGGGAAAGGGGGUCCAGUGCCGACCGAACACACCCGAGCGGAGCUGCGAAAGUCUGUGUUUGUGUGCUGCAUUUCGUCCCUCAUUGUCGGCAGUGCCAUGGUCGGUGGCCCAAAUGUCGGAGGUUGCCGGGUCCGACGAUCGGAGCUUUCUCAAUGCCUGCUGCUGCUUCCAAUUCUGGACGCCAAGGAGGUCCACGCGCUGCUGCGCGUGGCCUGGCUGUCGGCAUUUUGCGCGCGCGGUGGGCCGCGCGAGAGCCGACGGAGUCGGCAACGAUGUCCGCGGAGGAGCCGAUGGAGCUGGCAUCGAUGACCGCGCGGGAGCUGGAGGAGUCUGGCCGACAGGAACUGAAAAACCUGCCGUGCGGCAGCUUCUGGUACAGGCAACUUUCUGCCACGUCCUCAUCAUCCACCGUAUCUGACAGCCUGAGCACCGAGCCUGGCGAGCCGCCGGAGAGCGAGCUGACCUGCGACUCCUCCGCGUCGAGUGUGCUGGGCGAGCCGUGCUUGGAGCCUGGCGCGUGGCGGUCGGACGCGGCGCCCUACGCGUGGCGGCCGCAGAACGUGGUGGAGCGGGGCGACCUGUACGUUGUCAAUACGUUCCUGGACCCCUGGUAUCGCGAGGCGGCGCCGGAGUCGGAGCCCCCGGGCGCCCGCGCGAGGUCCGCGCCCGCGCCAGCGGCGCGAGGCCCCGCCGCGCCGGCGCCGUGGGUUCCGCCGCCGCCGCACGCCGCACAGGUCUGCCCUCAGCUCGGCCCGACCUGGGGCUCCAUGCUGCACCAGUCGGGCAGGUGCCGCCCGUGCCAGUUCGCGGGGCGCGGCUGCAAGAGCGGGGAGGUGUGCCGGUUCUGCCACCUGUGCAGCGCGGCAGACCCACAGGAAGCGGCCCGCCAAGGGGCGGGGGUCCUUCUCCUGGCGCAGCCUCCGGAAGGCCACGGCGGCGAGGGCGCCCGCGAAAAGGUCGGGCGGCCAGAGCUGAGGUCCGUACCCGAGCACGCGCGGCUGGCUAGCUUCCUCCCUCGCCUGCGUAUCCCUGCGGGCGCGCCCGCGGGGCGGGCCCUCCCGCGGGCUCGUGAAGGCGCCCUCUCUUUGCUUCCGCGAGGCGGACGCCCCCCCUUCCCGCCAGACGCGCGGAUGGGGACCUGGAAUUCUUGA